CGGAAAUUGGGUUCUUUUGUUUUGAAAGAGGGAAAUUUAAAACUCGACGGCGUUAGUGAGAAGUAAACAAAAGCAAGUGGAUUAAAUCUCCAAAAAACGACAGGAAAAUGGACGCAAACUGACACUCUUCACCCCUGAAUGUAAAGGUUGAUUCACACAAACAUGAAGAAGAAGGCGAGGUCACAAACGACACAGAUGAACAGCAUCCCGGAGGACUGCUGUGUUUUGUGCAGGUGCAGUGAUGAUGAUCCAGCUAUGUUUGGGGAGAAAGUCACACUAAAAGAACAUAAGCUCUCUGUCCACUACUUCUGCUUGCUCACAUCAUGUGGCGUUUAUCAGCGAGGAGAGGAAGGUGAAGGCAUCUUUGGUUUCUUGGUGGAAGACAUUAAAAAUGAGGUCCGCCGGUCGGCUCGACUGACGUGUUUUGGCUGUAAGAAGAAGGGAGCAUGUGUCGGCUGUAAUGUCCGGAGCUGCAGGAAGAUGGUUCACUUCCCCUGCGGGAGGAAGCAAAUGUUUGUCUCCCAGUUUACCGGAUACUUCCCAUCUUACUGUCCAGAUCAUAGUCCCUCUCAGUCUCUGUGUACUGGAUUAGACGUCAGUCUGCCUCACUCCUGCUCCAUCUGUUUGGACUCUAUUGAUCCCGUCUUGUCUUACUCCAUCCUCAAGUGUCCGUCCUGCCAUACCAGCUGGUUCCACAGAGAUUGUGUGCAGCGUCAGGCCCACAGUGCAGGCCUGUUCUUCUUCAGAUGUACCCUGUGUAACAACAAGGAAAACUUCCAGGAGGAAAUGCUCAGAAUGGGAAUAUACAUCCCAGAGAGAGAUGCUUCAUGGGAGUUGGAGGCAAAUGCAUAUUCAGAGCUGCUGGAGGUUUAUAAGCACUGUGACGCUCUCACCUGCCUCUGCGACAGCGGUCGCACACACUCUGCCAAGAGCGGCUGGUUUGAGGUGAUCCGCUGUCGGUUGUGUGGAUCCAGAGGGACUCACAGGAAAUGUUCAGGACUGAAAUUGUAUACCAACAACUGGGCCUGCACUGACUGCACACAAGCUACAGAUGGGAAAGCCUCCCUUGUUGGGUCUCCUCAGGGAGGUCAGAGAAGAAGUCUGCUGUCCAAACGCCACAGGCCUUCAGUUCACUCCUCCAUCAGCUGUAAAAGAGCAUCUUUACCUGAAAGAUCUGGAUCACCUGAGGAGAUUCUGCAGUCUUUGGUCCCUCAGCUUCAUCCCCCCAGUGUCCAGGUGGAGGUGACUGGGGACCAGGCUUUGGCAGCUGGUCUGGACUUGGUCAGGAGGGCUGACUUUGACCCCACACAGACUCUGUCCAUCAGGUUCAAAGACAUGGAUCAGACUGCACUUCCCAGCAGCCCGUGGGACAGUGACACAGCCAAGAAGUACUUCCUGAAGCUGCUGAUGCACCAGAUCCAGGAGUGUGUGGUGUUCGAGGGCCCAGAUGGAUCCAAAAACUUGGCACUGGACUCCCAGGCUCUGUGUGAGGAUCUUUAUUUUGAUGUUGGCUGCCUGCUGGCCCUCUCUCUGGUCCACGGCGGUCCACCUGUUGGCUUCUUCUCCCGUGCUCUCUACCAGUGUCUAUUCAACUACCCAGCCAACCGUCCACUCACUGUCACACACAUGACCCCUGACACACACUUCACCCACCAAGUUAGCAGGAUUGCAGAGGCAAAGUCUUUAGAUGAGCUGAAAGCAGUCAUGGCGGUUACCUGGGAGUACCUGGCACUAGCCGGCUGCAAUCGACCAAUAAGCAGCCUGAAGGAGAGAGAAGCUCUGGUGGAGGAUCUGGUCAGCUUCACCAUGAUCACCAGGAUGCAGCUGCCACUACAGAGGCUUCGGGAGGGUCUGCAGACUUUGGGUGUCUUUGAUCAGGUUCAGCUCUUCCCUUCUGUCUUCUGCGGAGUUUUCUGUGAAGCUGCUGCUCAUCUCACAGCCCAGACAGUUGAUCAGCUCUUCACCAUCAACUUCUCUGAGCAGGAGGAGGCACUGAACCGAGAGAUACCUGUUGUCACCUUCUGGAGGCACUUUCUGCUUGAGUGUGAAGUUGGAAGGAGCUCUAUCUCCCUGCAGGACCUCCUUUGCUUUGCCACAGGAACUGAAGAGCUUCCAGCUGUCAGUCACCUUCCUCCUCCCUCCAUCUCCUUCCUCCAUCCUCCCACCUCCCCUCCCCCAGGAUUCAAAGAAGAAGGGAGAGGUGUAGACUGGAGGGACAAGGGGCUCUUCCCUCAGAGUGAGCCCGAGUCCAGACACCUCCUCCUACCUGUCACUACAGCCUACCAGACCUUUAAAAGCUCCAUGGAGCAGGCCAUCAGCCACCAUGUGCACCUUCUCCCUACAGAGAGUUUGAGGGAGGUGGAGGUUGAGUUUGGAUCAACAUGUUUGUGAUCUGUGUUUGACAGUAAACUCCCUGAUUUUACUGAUGGCUUUGAAAAUAGGAAUUAUGGUAAUGGUAAUGGCCCUCCUGACCAAGUCCAAUUAAUGGUAAUUAAAACUGCAACUCAUAACUGCUAAUCGUUUUUUUUUUUUUUUUUUUGUCUGAUUAUCUAAAUUGUUUCUGCAAUACUGUUGAUGCAGAGAAACAAAAUCUAAAAGGUUUUUUUUUGUUGUUUUGUUAAAGCAGUUACCUUUUGUUUCAACAAGAAACACUCUGUGUUGUAGAUGGUUGGUGGCAUUGGUUAGAGAUACCAGCACACAGUAAUGUGUAAACCCCAGAGUGUUUUCUACAUCAUUUAUACUGGAUAAACCCAGAGGACUGGCAGACUUGCAUCAUUCAAACAUACAUUUGAUUUUUAUGACCUCUUUUUUACAGCGCUAUUUUGAAGUACUUAAAGGGGAGCUAUUACUCUUCUCCUUUCUCUGACAUGUGUUUAAUGGUCUUUAGUAGAAUGCUGGCACAGCAGGUCCUCACAAGCUCUGAGCUCUACAAGCACAGGGUGUUUCCCUCAGUAAGCUUCCUGGAGUGGAUCAAUCAGAAGAAGGUAGACUAUAUGGGUUCUAUUGAAGAUGUAAAUCUCUACACAAAUAUCCACUCCUCCAUCUGUUUACUGAACUGUUUAUUCAAGCAGCAGAUAUGACUGAAAAAACCACAAACUUUUUCCUCCCUGUGGCUCUCUGCUCCAAGCUCACUGCUCCCUGCUGAGGACAAAAGUCUUUAAAUACUUUACAAAUGUACAGUUUGAGCUUAAAAAUGAAACUUGAUAUCAGCGUCCAUGAAUCAGUCCAAACCUGAUCCCUGCUCGCAGGGUGGAUGAUUGGGGAUGAUUUUCUCCUCUGGAGCAGUCUAGACUUAAAUCUUAAAAUAAUUAAAUCAGUUGCCUGAAGUCUGAAGUACUCUCCCACUGUAAAAUGCACCCUAGAUAAACUUUAUAUAAAGUUUCAUUUUGGGGUUAUUACAGCCUUGCAAAGACGUGUUAAAUAAUGACAGUGGUGCUGUUUGUUUUAUUAUUUUUUUCCCUUUUAGAGCUAGAAAAGAACAAUGGCCCAAAUGUAGCCCUGAACUGAAAUCCAUCUAGCAUUAAAAAUUGUCAUUUAUCUCAACAUUUUUGAUACGGUGCUGAUUUUAUAACCUUGCUUUUUUAGUUCAGUCAUACUUUACUGUACAUAUGUUUGAAGAUUUUUUUUAAGUGACUUAUUCUUGCUAUGCUUAUUGCUGUUUGUUUUGUUUUUUACUUUUCAUUUUCUCAGAUAUUGUUAAAAGACUGUAAUCAUUAUCCCUAAUCCAAAUAUAAAAGAACAAGGUGUCCAUGUCAGAGUUUCACGCUGUGCAUUGAUAUUCUGUGAUGUUAUUGGAUUGUGGAAAUCAGUUUGGGACCAGGUCGAAGUGAAAUUAAUUUUACUCAUUUAGUGUUCUCAGUGAUUGACUUUCUAUCUAAUCUGUGUUCUGUCAGGUACAAAUCCAAAAGUGUAAAAUAAACUUGAGAGCAAAUUAGGAUAAAGCAUGAACACAGUUAUCACCGCUGCUAAGGAGGUUAUGUUUUUGGUAGCAUGUGUGUUCAUGUCAUUCUGUCUGUAAAUAUGAUCACUCACAAAGUUUUGAAUGAAUUGUGAUAAAACUGUAGGGGUGUAGAGUGGGGUCAUGUUAACAGUCCAUUAAAAUCUGGCUUACAUCCACCAAAGUUUUCAAGGUCACCGUAAUGACUUGUUGGCUUGU